GAUCUGGGGGCUGAGAUGCCAGAAAUAGGACGUCGCUAACCUGGAACCGUGCCUUACGGAGCGUGAUCGGCGAUCAGCCAGGGUCCAUCAAUUUGUUGUUUGUGUCACGGGGGGGAGGUUCCGAUCGACAACGUCCGCCGCCGACGUCCCUCGGGAUCGAUUGCCGGGAGCACUGCAAAGGCUAGCUCCAGGUCGUUUCUAUUUUUUUCUCCCCCUUCGUCUCCCCUAAUCAGAUAGAGAAAGCACGAAGAGGGAUGCGCAGGCGAGUUGAGAGGGCCAUCCAGACCGGACUACAUAUAAACCUGGGCUGCAUCGCCACCCUCCUCGUCUCCGGCUUGGUCUUCGUCCUCGGCACCCACUACAUCCCGUAUUCGUAUCCUUACCCUUUAUCCGGAACCCACACUAUGGAUAGCGGAGCUGUUCACCUACUGGCCGCAUUGGCUAGCAAUGCCACAAAUGCCGCUGCUAACGGAACCGCAGCUGCAACAGCCGGUCACAAAGCCGGCGGGAAGAAGCCCAAGAAACACUAUUACUUUAUGGCGCGAAACAGUUGGGAGACAAUCGCCGGUGUCAUCAUCGCCCUCGCCAUAAUCAACGUAUUCACUCGCGGGUACGCCUACUGGCGAAGGAGGCGCCAUGCCAACCAGAGCGCGGCGAUGCUACUCGACAAGCAAGAAGGCUUGGCCAUGGUCGAUGGAAACCUCAAAGCUGCCAGAAUUCCUCAAGCGGGGGCUAGUGUCUUGCAAAAUCUGGGAAUGUGUACCACGCUACCAUGGUGGCUAGGCGGAGCGACUUUGGGUGAAGCGUUCUGGAACAUCGGUUAUUGCGCAGCGCUGGGUGUUUUUGCUUUCCAUCAGACCAAGCCCGAUGUACCCGGCGGUUGGGGCAACCAAGCCGGUCAUAUGGCAUACUCUCAGAUUCCCUUGAUCAUCGGAUUGGCGGGCAAGAACAACGUGAUCUCAUUCUUGACUGGUAUCGGCUACGAAAAGCUCAACUACCUCCAUCGUACUGCGGGACGAGCGAAUUUGUUUCUUUCCUGGAUUCACGUUCUGGGUCGAGGCUUAAAGGGUUACAAGGGAGGCUUCGCUCACGAGCUCAAGGAAGAGAACUACUUGCGAUGGGGAAUCGUGGCGAUCGUAUUCUACACCGUCCUCACUUUUGGGUCUUUCCGAGCCCUAAGGAACAGAGCGUACGAACUGUUCUUGCUCAGCCAUAUUGUGAUGGUCAUCUUUUACUUGGUCGGCUGUUGGCUGCAUUGGGCCAAGUUCAGCUACUGGGUUUAUCCCGGACUCGUGAUUUGGGGUUUCGAUCGUCUCGUGCGAGUCCUGCGUCUGGUCGUUCUCAACAAAAUGUGGAUGUUUCCAUCACGAAGGGUAUCCGAGGGACUCGCCGAUACCAAGGUUGAGGUGCUCGGAUCCGACGUUCUGCGUGUCACCGUUCAGCGUGGUGGCUUGUCGUGGCGAGCUGGACAACAUGCCUUCCUUAUCAUGCCUACCAUAUCCAAGAUCCCUUUCGAGGCGCAUCCUUUCACUAUCAGUAACAUCUCUGGUGUUGAAUGCCCAGAGGGACAGGCAACUUUCAUCAUCCGAGCGCGAGACGGUUUCACUAAGCGUCUGAUGGCGAGAGCCGGAGGGGAGGCUAGGAUUCCUGCAUACAUCGAAGGGCCUUACGGACAUGGCUGUUCACUUGACCAUUACGAGCAAGUGAUGUUAGUCUGUGGCGGUUCCGGGAUCUCCUUUGGGACUUCAAACUUGAUCGCCAUCAUCGACGCUGCCCGUCGAGGUGAAUCUGCCGUUCGCAGAGUCAAGCUCGUUUGGAUGAUGAGGAGUCAAAGACACUGGCAAUGGGUGCAAAACAUGAUCAUGCCUAUGCUUGUCGGUCUCCCCGAAUCAAUCUGCGUCGAAUUGGACUUCUAUGUGACCGCCAUGGCUGUGGAACCCAAUCCUACUGUCGAGGAGGCUCAUGAAGCGGCGGUUCAGCCCAUGCUCACUACUGAAGAGACCGACGAGGCCGCAGUGGUGCCCGAGGCGUCAUACGAGACAAGUUCGGGGGUUCACUCCGGCAGGUCAAGUGUGACGGACAUGGAGGAAAAGUUGGGAGUCGAAAAGGAAAAGUAUCGACCAGAGUCGAGCUUGGAGUCGAAUGCCGUCACCUGGCACAGCGGACGAGCCGACCUCCGUGUCGUACUGUCAGAUAUGGUCGAUGUCGCCACUGGUCCCGUCUCGGUCAAUGUUUGCGGACCUCGGACCCUGCAAGCUGCCGCUUCACAGGCUGUAAAGACAGUAGCUACCCCUACCGAAGUACUGAAGGGCCAACAGCGCAUCUCGUACUAUGCCGAGACAUUCGGCUGGUAAACGAAAAGCCCAAAAGCAUUGGGCAGCAUUUAUAGAUGAUGGACAAAGGCGGUGCCAGCAGGAUAGAUAGAUACCCACAUUGUGUAAUAGGAAAGGAGGACAGAACGAAUGUAACAGGUGCAUACGCGAGGCGAAAUGAAAUACAAUACAUCGAGAUCAA